AUGUCUUAUAUGUUAGGACAUUUACACAACGGCUGGCAAGUCGAUCAAGCGAUUUUAUCCGAAGAAGAUCGUGUGGUAGUUAUUCGCUUUGGACAUGAUUGGGACCCUACAUGUAUGAAAAUGGACGAAGUUCUUUACAGUAUAGCUGAAAAAGUUAAAAAUUUUGCAGUGAUUUAUUUAGUGGAUAUUACGGAAGUUCCAGACUUUAAUAAAAUGUACGAGUUGUACGAUCCGUGUACUGUAAUGUUUUUCUUUAGAAAUAAGCAUAUCAUGAUAGAUUUAGGUACUGGUAAUAAUAAUAAGAUAAAUUGGGCAUUAGAAGACAAACAAGAAAUGAUUGAUAUAGUUGAAACAGUUUAUAGAGGGGCUAGAAAAGGAAGAGGUUUAGUUGUUUCACCAAAGGAUUACUCAACAAAAUACAGAUAUUAG